UCGUUGCCGACACAGACGAAGUAAUGUUGGCUCUGUCUCCGGCUUCGAAGGCUGCCGCGAUUGCGACCCAAACAGACUCGUUUUGAUUUCAGUUUCAGUUCCCGUGCAAAUCCCGAAGCGUUUGGUUGUGUCUCCGCACAACAUCACAUCAUAUCCUACGCUCGGUCGCAUCCAGCGAUAGUCGCGCGCGUAUUUCGACUUUUGUGCUGCCCGGAAAGUAGGCAACACGGUUUGUGCUACUGAUGCCCCGGAAAACGUGGGAAAUGUGAACUGUAGGCAACGCGAACCAAACUGUGCAAGAAUUGUGCCCCCCAUGAGCUGCCCCUUUUGUUUGGUGUGUGUUCUUAAAGCUUUAACAUUGCUGAAGCGUAGGAUUUUUUAUGAAUGAACCGCUUAGGCGGCAGGCGGUACUGGAGGCAUCUGCGCGACUCUUGUGAAAUUUUGUGCUAAAGCGCUGAGGCUAAAGAAUAUACGAGACUCGAAGACGGAGCUUGUCCUGUGUACAAUUACCAAAAAGCUUUUGCUGGAAAUACUAUUUGAUACACGACGAAAGUCAAACGGCCGAAGCGUUUUAAUUGCCUUCGGCAGAAAGGAUUUCCUGCUGCUGUCCGAAAGUGCGUGCGAGUCCAAGUCCGCCUCCUAUUUCCUCGAAGUGUGCGUAUACGUGUGUUCAAGUGAAGUGUGCGCGUGUCGCAGACAGGCAAAGGACCCCAAACAGGCUAAAUCUCCUAGGCCAGACAAGCCUUUUUGACCCGUCGACAGCCAUCAAAGCGGCUUACCCCAUCAGCAGGCAGUGUGGUGUCUGGACAGAAGCACUCACACACAUCAGGACAGCGACAGUGUUGGUGGACAGCCUGCAAUUUGCCAGCAAAUAGAAACACAAUUAUGGGAAAUUCGAACCAAACUACGUCAAAGUUCAUUAACAACAAAAAUACAGGAAACGCAAACAUCAGAAACAACAACAACAACAGGCAGAACAGCAACUACAAACAGCAAAAAAUGUAAAGGGCCCCCUGAGAGUGGACUUUAAAGAAGGGGCCCGCUCAGCUUUUGAUUGGAAGUGGAAGUGGGCUUAAAAGUAGAAGGCAACAGGCACCAGAAAACCAAGAAUCUCAAUUGCAACGACUAUUCAGGGGACAAAAGCCGCAUUCAACAACAACAGCAACAGUAAAGAACCUUCAACAACCAAAAAGGACCUUCAACAACAAGAAGAACGAACCGCCAGAAACCACAGAAAAAUACGCAACAUAAAUGAAGUUAACAAUCUGUCAAAUUGCUAAAUUAUUUCUGCUGUUGACAGCCUUCUUCUUUCUCAAUUCCCCCCAUAGUGUUGCCUCUUUAGCCAUCAGCUCCUCCUCGACCGCCACCACUACCAACUCCUCCAUCAGUUCCUUCUCCCCCUCAUCUUAUGCCACUUCCAGUUUUAUAUCUCAGCCAGACAACGUUUCGGUGUCCUCAUUGGGUGUCCUUGUCCUGCAAACGGCCAAGAAAGCAAGUGAAUCUGGUGCAGCAUCAACAGCUGUGGCUACGUGGACUUCCGCAACGACAACAGCCGCAGCAGCACCAGCAGAGACAGCAACAACACUUAGUAGCAAUUCAAUUUGGAAACCAGCAACAGCCAGAGAAGCGACAUCAUCCACAAGAAACCCACGUAAUGCGCGUGAUGCUGAACGUCAGAGACGUCAAAAUCAACAGGACACAGAGCAACAGCAGCAGGAGCAACAUAGGCAACAGCCACAUCCAGACGAGGGCCAAGAAGAGCAGCAGCAACAUUAUCAGCAACAGCAGCCAAAGGUGCAACAACUGCAACACAAGAAGGAACAACGUCAAAGAAGACAGAACAAGCAACACCAAAAACCAAAACCCAAGGCCCAACGGGUGGGCGUUUUAAUACCACCAUCAUUGCACACUGAUAUGAUGCAUGUGCAACAGGGCUUCCACAAUUUUCUCGACUUUUUCCAACUGCACUUUUCUAAUGUCAGCGUCGAUUUUCUACGUGAUGUGGAUUUAAGUGGCUUCAUUAAAUUACUGGAGCUACCGAAAUACACCAGCGUUGUAAAGACUUUAAAUGCGGGCAUUAAUGCAGACACCGACGUGGACCUGAACCUGAACCAAAAUGGAAGCAGUGGGAAUAGCUCUGCGAAUGUGGACAUUGACCCAGCCAAAAAGCAACUGCCACGUCAGCAGCAUCAGCAGGAGCCACAGGAGCAACAGCAUCAGCAGGAGACUAAAGUGAAUCAGUCGUCAGCAGGAGACUGGAAUGAGAGGAAUCAUUGGAACGAUGCCCGCAGCUUGGGUCACUGUCAUCAGCUGGCCGAGCAACUGGCACACGAUUAUAAUAAGACCAUCGUCCUGUGGCCCUGUCCGCGAAUGAAAAUCUCGAGCAAUUUUCUGCCAUCAUUCGAGGCAAUUUCCCUGGCCGUGCAAAGCAUUGCCAGCAAACUGAAUUGGUCGCAGGUUGAUAUCUAUGUUGGCGACGACAAUUGGGGCCUAGGACUGGCCAUAGCGGCCAACUUGCAUGUACCAUAUCGCAUUGAAAUUGGCAGGACAGUACGUGACCUGCAUGGCCAGGAUAAGCCAGGCAAAGCAAUUAUUAUCACGGCCCCACUGAACGAUGACAGUACGCUCCGUUUGCUGGCGAGCAUGGAAAAGGUGGAGAAUGAGGCUGACUACCAACUGGAGGAUGCGGCGCCUCCGACCAAACAGCAUACGAAAGUACUGCUCAUCGAUAUGGUGGCCAGCUCAUUGAAUGUCGAACAUCGUUUCUACAAAUAUCUGGCCCGCCUUCGCCGCCGCCAUCCACUGCCACUGCCACUGCAGCAGGGCGGGGGUGGAGGGAACUCGAGCUCUGUUUCGGGCCUGGUCACCAGCAAUCUGUUGGUGCUGACUCUGCUAAGCGAUAAGCAUCGACACUUUCUGAAUGCCGCCGGUCUGAUGGCCACAAUGCAGAAUUUUCGGAUGCCACAGGGAGAGCAGCACAACGAUGACGCUUCGACCAGUGGGACCAUGACCGGGGCCCAUCACAAUGCCAGUGUGGACAAACUUUACCCUUACAUAAAGCUCUUUCCCCUCUACGAUCUGAUUGUCACGCACAUUGCCACAGCGGCGGUCCCAUCGAAUGCCAGCCGAACGGAAACCAUUCCCAAAUAUGAUUUCAUAGUUUUGGACUUUGUGCGGGAUGCCAACGUUCAGGUGGCAGCCACCAGCUACAAAUGGCGGCCGCUGCUCAUCCUGGAGUGGAGUGACAGGAGGAGGUUGGUGAGUGCGGAUGGGGCCAGCGGCGACUCCUACAUUACCCAUUCCGUGCAGCCGGGCUACGAUGAAUGGCUGCUGGUGAGCAGCGUCCAAUUGUGGCAUUGCGGUGCCAUCUGUUGGACCAUCGUUGCCAUCUGUGUGGGCCUCCUGAUGAUCAUUGUGGCAGGCAGCGUGGCCGCCGGCAUAGCCCUGAGAAACUAUUUCCUGCGACAGCGUCUCUCCAAAGGACCCAAUAAGAUCGUCCUAUCCGCCAGUGACUUUGUUUUUCCCGUGGAUUCACGAAGGGUGGAUGAGGGCAUUGAGGCCAUGCUCUGCUGUUGGCUGCAGCAGCUCCAGGAGUUUGGUGGCCCCGAAGUGGACAAACCCGAUCUGCUUAAGGGCUCCAUUGGAUCGCUUAAGAAUCUGGGAUUUGUGAUACCCGGAGCAGCAGCUUCCACGGGUGCUGUGGGGAGCUCCACCACGACCACGGUGAACGGAAAGAGAGGCUCCUCCGCCACGGGCAGCCUGGCCAGGCACAAUCCCGCACAUCUGGACAUGAGAGCGCGCUACAACGGGGAUCUGGUGCAGCUCAAGGAGAUCCACAUGAAUGGUUCCGCAGAACUGCGAUCCAAGGCAAUGGAUCUCCUAGUAAUGGCCCAUGGCUUGAGGCACGAGAACAUCAAUCCAUUGAUUGGCUGGCUCUCAGAUCCGAAUCGCACGGCAAUGGUAUUUGACUAUUGCUCUCGGGGAUCCCUGCAGGAUGUCCUCAUCAUGGAUGAGAUCAAGCUGGACUGGUCCUUCCGCCUCAGCCUGCUCACGGAUCUAGUCAGAGGCAUGCGUUACCUUCACACCUCUCCCCUACGCGUUCAUGGCGCCCUCACCUCUCGGAACUGUGUGGUGGAUGCCCGUUGGGUCCUAAAGAUCACCGACUACGGCCUCAAUUCCUUCUACGAGGCUCAGGGCCUGCCACUGAUGCCACGCAGCGCCAAAGAACUACUUUGGACAGCCCCCGAGCUGCUGCGCCUCAUGAAGACCCAUCAGCAGCAGCACCUGCAUCACCACCAGCACCACGGACGCAUCCAGUUUGGCACACAGCUCGGGGAUGUCUACUCCUUUGGCAUCAUCAUGCAGGAGGUUGUGGUGCGUGGGGAGCCCUACUGCAUGCUCUCCCUCUCGCCGGAGGAUAUCAUUGCGAAGAUCAAGAAGCCACCGCCACUGAUACGUCCCUCCGUUUCAAAGGGUGCUGCUCCGCCGGAGGCCAUCAAUAUCAUGCGUCAGUGCUGGGCCGAACAGCCAGAUAUGCGACCAGAUUUCAAUUCCGUUUACGAGCGCUUCAAGAUGUUAAAUCAUGGUCGAAAGGUGAACUUUGUGGACACCAUGUUCCAAAUGCUGGAGAAGUACUCCAAUAAUCUGGAGGAGCUGAUACGAGAGCGCACCGAUCAAUUGGAUAUUGAAAGAAAGAAGACUGAACAGCUGCUGAAUCGCAUGUUGCCAAAUUCUGUGGCUGAGAAACUCAAAAUGGGCUUGGGCGUGGAUCCUGAAGAGUUCUCCGAUGUUACCAUAUACUUUAGCGAUAUUGUUGGUUUUACAACAAUAGCCGCACAUUGCAGUCCCGUACAGGUUGUGGAUUUGCUGAAUGAUCUCUACACGAUCUUUGAUGCCACCAUCAAUGCGUAUAAUGUCUACAAGGUGGAGACCAUUGGCGAUGCCUAUAUGGUGGUGAGUGGCCUACCCGUGAAGAUACCCGAUCACGCCGAGCAGAUAGCCACCAUGGCUCUGGAUCUGCUCCAUCAGAGCGGUCGCUUCAAUGUCAAACAUCUGCCUGGUGUGCCUCUCCAGCUGCGCAUAGGUCUGCACACAGGUCCAUGCUGUGCCGGUGUGGUGGGCCUCACGAUGCCACGGUACUGUCUCUUUGGCGACACCGUCAAUACAGCCUCCAGAAUGGAAUCUACAGGUUCCUCUUGGCGCAUCCACAUGUCCCAGGAGACACGGGAUCGUUUGGAGGCUCGUGGGGGCUAUGCCAUAGAACCUCGAGGACUCAUCGAUAUCAAAGGCAAGGGUAUGAUGAAUACCUUCUGGCUGCUCGGCAAGAAGGGCUUUGAUAAGCCACUGCCAGCACCACCGCCAAUCGGAGAGUCGCAUGGCUUGGAUGAAUCCCUCAUCAGGAACUCCAUCACCCUCAAGGCGCAGGCGAAUAAAUCCCGAACAAGCACGAAUCCCUCAUCAUCGCAGAGCUCCUCGCUGGCGGGGGAGUCUGUGGAGGUGAAAGUGGAGAUUACGCCGCCUGCCAACUCGGAUAUGGCAUCCGUGGGACAUCUGCCCAAUUCCUAUUCUCUGGACUCCAAUUCCACCAACACGAUCAGUCCGAAUGCCACACUCUGUCCGGAGUUCCCCGGCAAGACGACGACGCCCAGCAGCACGAGUCCACAGUCCCGUAAGCUGUCCGAACUAACGCCGGAUAAUCUACUGAAUCCAAACAGCUUCAACCGACUGCCCAACUCUACAGGCGGCUCCAGCUCGCGGCUCUACAAGAAGAUCGAGGAGAUGAUGGACCUGAGCUCGCCCUACAACCACUACAAGUGUCUCAGUCCCAGCGAGAGCAAUCUGACCCAGUUCUACGACGGCAAGUAUCUGUACGGCAAUGCGGGGUCCUGUCAUGGCGGAGGGGCGGGCAGCGUGGCCAGUGGUCCGGGCAGCGGUGGCAGCUCGAUGGGCGGCAGUACGGCGAAAUUCGAUAGCAAACCCGGCUCCAGUCGCCUGCUGCGUCGCCAGUUCAGUCUCGAUCGCGACGACCAGCAGGCGAAGGGAGAACAACAGCAUCAGCACUCUCUGCAGGCCACCAACUACGCCGCUUUGGUGAGUGCCAGCAAGAGCUCGAUGCUGGACAUUCCCAUCAUCCAUGACACGUCGCGCAGUCCCAAGGGGACGCUGACGCGGGCCCACAAACAGAACUCGUCGUCGAUCACCCAGGAUCUGGAGAAGAUCGAGGAGAUACCGCUGUCGCCGGCCUCCUCGCAGCACCACAGCAGUCUCGAUAGCAAUCUCAAUCGUAGUCCGCCCUCCACUCUGGAGGCGCAGUCACCGCCGCUGCCACCAUUGGCCCUGAGUCCGCCCCUCCUGUCGGCCCCCACAUCGCCGGCGCCGUCCCGCACCCUCAAUGGCAUCUUUGCCCACAGUCCCAACAAUACCAACAACAACAAUGGUAGCCCCAGUACUGCCCCAGAGCUGACCCUGAAUGUGGAGCAGCUCUUGAGCAGAUAGGGCACAAUCUAAGGCCCAAACGUAGCCGUUGGCCAAAAAACCAAGCUUUAGGUCCUCAAGAAGGCCAAAAAAUAAAACCGAUUUAAGAGUACGAAUACGAAUACGAAUGAAUCUGAGUGUGAGAAUACGAAUGAGAGUAAGUGUGAAAGUGCAUGAGUUUGUGGCAAGUGUUGUGAUGUGGAAAGCAAAGUACCUCGGAUGCAUGCAAACUUGGUUCCAGCAGCAAAAUGAAAGUACAAUUUAGUUGAGGAUUAAUACAACCCAUCACUGUCCAUUGUUCCAUAGAAUGAAUCUUAUAUAAACCCUAUCCCCAUCCUCAAUGAGUGCCAAAAUCCUGAAUACUGAACAACCAAAGUCGGAAUAUAAUCAAAAGCAUCUGAAACUUCUCUGUACUGUGCUGUACUGUACUGACUGUCUCCUGGUAAUCAAAAGAACUACAAUAUUAUAUGUAUGUAUAUCUGAUCUGAUCUUAACUUUCGGGCUGUUUCUUUGUUCCACUUGCAUGGGUUUUCAAUUAACAAAAACUAAACAUAGAAUAUACAAUAUACAUACACAUAUAUAUUAUAUAUUAUAUACAUGAUGUUCCUUUUUCGAGAAUAAAAGAAAUAAUUAGAAAAUUCAAUCCAGUCACAGAAUAUUUAGUAUAUAUAUAGCGGACAAUUCCAUACAUACAUAUUUACGAGUAUCGUAUAAGUAUUGCGCGUACGUGAAUUUAGUUUUCUAAAGACAAUCGUUGUUACUUUUAAAUGAAAUGAAAUCUAAACUAUAUACCAUAGGAAGGAUAAGAACCGAAAUGAAUCGUUUGUCUCACUAUCUAAUGAUAUAUAUGUAUACAUAUAUAGUAUAUAGUAUAUAUUUUGUAACCGCUCUUAGUCUAAUCGGAUUGUAAACUACUCUCAUCAUCCACUACAGUGCAUGCGUGUGUAUAUCUAUCCCGGAUUAAGGAAAUCAACCUCAAAUAUCAGUUCUAAUAUAAAAUAGGUCUCUAGCCAAAAUUCAAGAGGAAUAUAA